AUGGCAAAUCACCUCUCUGUUAACACCAACAUCAUCCUUCCAUUAGCUUUCAAUAGUCUGUUCACCCGUACCUCAUAGCAGUUUAGCUUAUGUGGAAAUAGCUGGCACGUUGGCUAGUAGUCAACACGAAUUGAACAGUUAAGCAAAUGGCUCGACUCCUUCCGUGUAAUAACACAAAUAGAAAUUUCAGAGAAUUUUGCAGAAGCACGCAGCCAUGGCAGCUCGAAAGAGAGCCUCAGCAACAGCUACAACAACGGCAGCAGUAGACAUGAAGCCAACUGAGACAGAGCACAAAUCCGGAGAAAGCACGUCGCUUGACCCACCGAUUGCGCCAUCGAAAUUGGGUGUAAUUGCGAAGCUCUGUCUUUUCUUCUCAAUCCCAUACUUUUACCUCCUCUUCUUCCACUAAAAGAUCGACCAAGAGUUUAGGAGAUCGAUCCUCAUCAAUGCCGGACUCAGUCUUGUUGGGUUCUUCGUUACUCUCAAGAUGAUACCCGUGGCUUCUAAAUAUGUUCUUCGACAUAGUUUGUUUGGGUAUGAUAUCAACAAGAGGGGUACCCCUCAAGGAACUGUUAAAGUGUGAGUUUGAUUCUUUUGCUAUUUUCCUUCGGUUUCAUAGGUUUUGGUUCGUUUGGGGAACUGGGUAUCUGUUAAUUUUGGGUUUCAUUUUGGAUUACUAAACUGUGUAUGGAUUUUAUUUCCAAUUCAAAGAUGAAUUAGAUCCCAGAUUGUCAAUUAUGUUUUUAUAUAGCUGUGAAUUAAUGAACUUAGUGAUGUUUUUGAUUGUUCUGCAAGCCUGAAUCAUUGGGAAUUGUUGUAGGCAUUGUGUUCUUGGUGUUGGCUAUCGUGUUCCAUUAUUUUAACUUCACAGCUGAUUCAAUUGUAAGUGUGAAGUGAUAUGAAUGUAUGAUAUACUUCAAAAGUUUCCAUCUUUUCUUUUUCUUCUUCCUUGCUAAAGUUCACUUUGUGUUGAACUGGUUUAGUUUUAUGUUAACCCUAGAAAAAUUCCCAAUUUCUCACACCUUAGGGAUUUUGCAAAUCAUUCGCCAUCCCACCAAGAAAUUUGCUUGAUCCGAUGAUUUUGGGGUGAUUUGUCCAGGUGGCUUGUCCAUCUCAGUAAAAAAAAAUGCCACAU